AUGUUCCACUUACAAGGCCCACAACUGCUGCAGAUGUUAGAGAAAUCCUUGAGGAAGAGCCUCCCUGAGUCCUUAAAGGUUUAUGGGACCGUCUUCCACAUGAACCAGGGGAACCCUUUCAAGCUAAAGGCCCUGGUGGACAAGUGGCCUGAUUUUAAUACAGUGGUUAUCCGCCCUCAGGAGCAGGAGAUGGCAGAUGACUUUGAUCACUACACCAACAGCUACCAAAUCUAUUCUAAGGACCUCAAGAACUGUCAAGAAUCUCUUAGCACAUCAGACAUCAUCAACUGGAAACAACAUUUGCAGAUCCAAAGUUCACAGUCCAGUCUGGAUGAGGUGAUACGGAAUCUUGCAACCACUAAAUUCGUUAAGGUCAAGCAAACACAAUGCAUUCUCUAUGUGAUGUCUGAGACAGCGAGGAAACUUCUUCCUUCCCUGCCAGAGACGAAGAACUUACCUGCUGGAUAUGGCAGACCCAAAGCCAUUAACCAAGAGAUGUUUAAACCCUCAUCCCUGGAUCCUACCCAUGCUGCCUUGGUGAAUAAGUUCUGGCAUUUCGGUGGCAAUGAAAGGAGCCAGCGGUUCAUCGAGCGCUGUAUCCGGACCUUCCCCACAUUCUGCCUGCUAGGGCCUGAGGGGACCCCUGUGUCCUGGUCCCUGAUGGACCAGACAGGAGAGGUGCGGAUGGGGGCCACCCUGCCUGAGUACCGGGGCCAGGGUCUCGUCUCCCAUAUGUUGUUUGUCCACACCCACGCUCUGGACAAACUUGGCUUCCCCGUAUAUAACCAUACAGACAGAGCCAACAAAAUCGUACAGAAAAUUAGUCACAAUCUGCAACAUAUCCCCAUGCCCUGUGAUUGGAACCAGUGGAACUGUGUGCCUCUGUGA